AUGGCUUGCUAUAGCAAGUACAAAGAACGGCAAGGUUCUGGUCCAGAUGACAUACCAAGCGACUUCUGGGAAGAAUGCGGAUGGCUCGGUUCCUCAUGGUUUGCAGGCCUCUUCCAUCAGCUGAUGAGCUACACGCUGAAGAUCUUCGAAAGAGUACUUAACUCGACUUCGAUCAUAUUGCCAUCCAAUCAGUGCGGAUUUGUAAAGGGUGUCGUACUGCUGACGCAAUCCUGUACGGAUACUGUACGGAUAGUGAUGGAGAAGUUUAGAGAAAAACGAAGAGAGCUGCAUGCGGCUUUCCUUGAUAUGGAAAAGCUUUCGACAAGGUACCCCAUGAUCAUAUGGUGGGCACUGCGAAAGCGCGUGGUUCCAGAAGUAUACAUCCAGAGGAUAAAAAUGAUCUAUCAUGGAGCCACGAGCCAUGUUCAAAUCGCGGCAGGACAGUCAAAACCGUUCCACAUAAAGACCGGCAUGCAUCAGGGAUCGGUGCUCUCUCCUCUACUCCUCAUCACAGUCAUGAACGCAGUGACGGAAAGUCUCAAGCGACAGCUUCCAUGGGCUCUCCUGUAUGCAGACUAUGUGUUGUUAAUGGCAGGAAACAGAAAAGAGCUUGAAGAAGAAACACAGAGAUGGAAUGCUUAA